UACACUUAAUGCAAUGUUCAAAGAUGAUAGUAAUCUGCUUUAUUUUACAUUUCUCAAACCAAUUUUAAAAGAAGUCACUCAAAUGAACCUAAAAUUUCAAAGUUUAAAUGCAGACAUUACAAAAGUUUAUGGAGAACUUAAACAACUUAUGAUGUCCAUAGCUAAAAGGAUAAUCAAGCCUAGUUUCUUGAGAGAUGAUGAAUUUCCAUUUGUCUUAAGUCUGCUUGAUAUUGACCGCGUUUCAAAUGCAUUGAAUAAUAAACUUUCUUUAUUACCAUUGGAUGCUAUCGAUUUUGGAUUUGCUUUCUCAGAAUUGGCUGAAAAGAAGACAGUGACGUCACAUGCUCUUCAAGUUGUGAAAGAACGUUGUGGCAGUUUUUUGUUUACUCUCUGUCAAGAGUUAGUGAAACGCUUGCCUCAGAACACCCAAGUCAUUUAGAAAUUAAGGUGUUUCAGUCCUGUGUAUGUUUUGUCUCAAAUACCACCAAAGUUUAAGGAUCUACCGUUAGAACUAUUAAAAGAUGAUGCUGAUAUAGAAGAGAU